UACCAUCCGCACACUCUGACUACAGAAGACGGGCUGAGGAUUAACCAGAGAGAGUCAGGAGAUCGCUGUAUCGUCAGUGAACAGAGAAGAAGAAAAAACUUGUACGAUGUCAGACACAACAAAGGUUUACAAAAAGACCAGUGGAAAUGGCCAGCUCACUCUCUAUCUUGGGAAGAGAGACUUUGUUGACAAUGUUGACACUGUGGACCCUGUUGAUGGUGUGUUAAAAAUUGACCCUGCAGACCUUGGGGACAGAAAAGUCUGGAUUCAGCUGGCCUGUGCCUUCCGUUAUGGCCGCGAUGACCUGGACGUGAUCGGGCUCUCCUUCAGAAAGGACAUCUGGAUUCAGCACAUACAGUUGUAUCCUAAUGCAGGCCACAAACCCACCUUGACAGAGAUGCACGAUACUCUCCUAAAGAAAGCCGGAGAGCAGGGUCAUGCCUUCACUUUUAAUAUUCCAACCAACCUCCCCUGCUCUGUCACCCUGCAACCUAGCCCAGAUGACACAGGAAAGGCUUGUGGUGUUGAUUUUGAAGUCAAGGCUUACUUGGCCAACUCAGCUGAUGACCCUGAUGAAAAAAUUGACAAGAAGGAUACCUGCCGACUUGUCAUUCGUAAAAUUCAGUUUGCUCCUGAUAACACAGGAUCCGGACAGAAGGCGGAACUCUGCAAGAGCUUCAUGAUGUCUGAUAAGCCUGUUUAUCUGGAGGCCUUUCUGGAGAAGGAUAUCUACUACCAUGGCGAUCCCAUCCCGAUUAACAUUAAGGUCAAGAACGAGACCAACAAAGUUGUGAAGAAAAUAAAGAUUACAAUUGACCAAACCACAGACGUCGUUCUCUACUCAGCCGACAAAUACACCAAGAAUGUGCUGUGUGAAGAAUUUGGGGAAACCAUAGAAGCCAAUGCGACCUUUGAAAAAUCCCUCUCAAUCACUCCUUUGCUGUCGAACAACAAGGAGAAAUGUGGCCUGGCGCUGGAUGGUAGACUAAAAGACGAGGACACCAAUUUGGCCUCCACCACCAUAAUAAGGGGUGGUGUGGAUAAGGAGAUGUUGGGAAUCCUGGUGUCCUACAAGAUCAAAGUUAACCUCAUGGUUUCAGGUGGAGGUCUAUUGGGAGGCCUGACAGCAAGUGAUGUCACAGUAGAGCUUCCUCUGACCCUGAUGCACCCCAAACCCAAAGAUUGAAUGCCCCUAUAAGAUUCCACAAGACAGAUGUUACCCUUGAGUACAUUCCCUCGGCACUUUCACAGAGACACCAGAACAAAAUGUUGUAUGGCUCCCCAUGAAGCAUAGUCGCAUCAGAGACUGAGAUGAUUUUGAUCGGAAUAAUCAAAGAAAGCACAUCAGUAUAGCAAAGUAGAUUUAUGUAACACAGUUUUAAACAUAAUUUUAACAUGAAGACAUAUAUGUUGGGUGAAAGGUUGUCUCGAGGUAGUCAAAUCAGGCAUAACAUUGCACUUUUCUGAGAGAGUGCUCCCCAAGGAUCUUCAUCUUAUCCAUAAAUUAACCAACAGGUCACAAAACGUCUGUCUGAGUGAUGCAUUUCUAAAUGUAUGGCUAUGUAUAGUUGUGUUUUCUCAUUUAGCCUAGAAUCUGGAGUCAUUUAAACCAGCAUAUUUAAAACACAGAAACAUAUGUCUUUCCAGUAAUGCUUGUUUUGUGUCAUGAAUCUUCAACUCUUGAGUUAUUGUACCAAAUAAAAUACCUCUAA